AUGCUUCUGUUUUCGUAUUUUCUCCUUCCUUUCUCGCUUUUUCCUCUUUUCUUCCCUUUUUUCUUUUCCUUCUUUUUCCAUGAUUGUCUUUCUCUUCUUUCCUUCUUUCUCUUCUUCUUUCUUUCUUACUGUUUUCUUUCUUUUUUCUUCUCUUCUCUCUUUUCAUAUUUUUUCUACAUUUCUCCUUUCCUUCUUUUUCUAUUCCGUCUCCUUUCUCCUUUCCUUCUUUUUCUCUUCCGUCUCCUUUCUCCUUUCCUUCUUUUUCUAUUCCGUCUCCUUUCCUUCUUUUUCUCUUCCGUCUUCUUUCUCCUUUCCUUCUUUUUCUCUUCCGUCUUCUUUCUCCUUUCCUUCUUUUUCUCUUCCGUCUUCUUUCUCCUUUCCUUCUUUUUCUCUUCCGUCUUCUUUCUCCUUUCCUUCUUUUUCUCUUCCGUCCCCUUUCUCCUUUCCUUCUUUUUCUCCUCCGUCUUCUUUCUCUUUUCCUUCUUUUUCUCUUCCGUCUCCUUUCUCCUUUCCUUCUUUUUCUCUUCCGUCUCCUUUCUCCUUUCCUUCUUUUUCUAUUCCGUCUCCUUUCCUUCUUUUUCUCUUCCGUCUCCUUACUCCUUUCCUUCUUUUUCUCUUCCUUCUUCUUUCUCCUUUCCUUCUUUUUCUCUUCCGUCUCCUUUCUCCUUUCCUUCUUUUUCUCUUCCGUCUCCUUUCUCCUUUCCUUCUUUUUCUAUUCCGUCUCCUUUCCUUCUUUUUCUCUUCCGUCUCCUUUCUCCAUUCCUUCUUUUUCUAUUCCGUCUUCUUUCUCCUUUCCUUUUUUUCUCUUCCGUCUCCUUUCUCCUUUCCUUCUUUUUUCUCUUCCGUCUCCUUUCUCCUUUCCUUCUUUUUUCUUCCGUCUCCUUUCUCCUUUCCUUCUUUUUCUAUUCCGUCUCCUUUCCUUCUUUUUUCUCUUCCGUCUCCUUUCUCCUUUCCUUUUUUUCUAUUCCGUCUCCUUUCCUUCUUUUUCUCUUCCGUCUUCUUUCUCCUUUCCUUUUUUUUUCUCUUCCGUCUUCUUUCUCCUUUCCUUCUUUUUUCUCUUCCGUCUCCUUUCUCCUUUCCUUCUUUUUCUCUUCCGUCUCCUUUCUCCUUUCCUUCUUUUUCUCUUCCGUCUUCUUUCUCCUUUCCUUCUUUUUCUCUUCCGUCUCCUUUCUACUUUCCUUCUUUUUCUCUUCCGUCUCCUUUCUCCUUUCCUUCUUUUUCUCUUCUGUCUCCUUUCUCCUUUCCUUCUUUUUCUCUUCCGUCUCCUUUCUCCUUUCCUUCUUUUUCUAUUCCGUCUCCUUUCCUUCUUUUUCUCUUCCGUCUCCUUUCUCCUUUCCUUCUUUUUCUAUUCCGUCUCCUUUCCUUCUUUUUCUCUUCCGUCUUCUUUCUCCUUUCCUUCUUUUUCUCUUCCGUUUUCUUUCUCCUUUCCUUCUUACUUUCUGCCGUCAUUUUUCUUCUAUACUUUUUCAUUUUCCUAACUUUUUUCUUCGUUCAUUCAUAAACUAUAUCCCCUAA